UUCACCUAUUAUUGUAUUUUUCUCAUAUAUAUAUUUAUGUUAAUAAAAAAUUUUAUUAUUGUAUAGUUGUCUUUCGUAUAUUAUUCUUUCAAUUAUUUGAAAACUUUUUUGUUGAUUAUUGGUUCUAUUAUCUAAGUAAAGGAUACAAAACUUAUAAAUUCAAAGAAUGGUUUAUUGGUUAUACAAAAAGUUAUUGAUACAUGGAUUUAAUCAAUUCGACUCUAUUACAAGUAGUAGUAUUUCUGUAUUUGAUAGUUUUGUAAAUCCUUUCUCUUGUCAGUAGUGACUAGGAGUGUUUAAUAGGUUGGAUAAAAGUUGAGUUGGGCUGGAUAAGGACCUUUUAAACUUAAACUUAAUAUAGGCCCAAUUAGGCCCGUUUUUAUUACUUAAAAUUAUUAUAAUUUCCAUUGAUUAAUUUAUAAUAAUCAAAUUUUUAUUUAUAAUAAUUAAAUUGUAGAAAUGCUAAUAAUCCUCAUUGACAUUAUUAUUUAUAAUAAUUAAAUUAUUCAUCCAAUAUGCUAUUUAUAAGCCCAUUUUCGAUCCUUAUUAAACCCUUUUAUAGUCCACUUCAUUUUUAUUAUAGUAGAGUUUGUUUUCAACCCGACCCAUUUUCAAUCUGGCUCUUACAAAACCCUUCUAAAAACAGGCCAAAUAAGGACUUAAAAUGGGAGCCGGGCCAUGAACGCACCUCAUUGUAGCUCUUACGUAAUCCAAUAUCUCAAACGAAUAUUGGAAGUAGUAAACGGAAGUUGCAUGAGAAUUACCUGGUUAGUACUUAGUUGUGACUUAGAGAUCACAUAAUUGAUCUCGAUAGUGGUGGUUUAUAAUUACUUCUAAUUUGACUCUAGUAGGAUCACAUCCAACCAGAUCAUCAUAAUUCAUAAUUGUCUGUUAUAGUUAUUUGAUAGUGGUGGUUCAAACAUAUUAUGUGUAAACUUUGUUUUUUUUAAGGAUUAUUGAAAUAGUGUCUGUCUCCUAAUACCAAAACUCAUCAACAAUUCUCUCUAAAUUCAUCUAAAUUAAUUCUCCAAAAUUCAUCUCAAUUCCUCAAAUUCUCAGGUUAUCUUGUUCCUUUCAUAUUGUUUUAGUGUAUUGGAGAACUUUUUUGUUCUCGUAUAAUAAUUUUUUAAAACCCAUUUUAUUGUUUUAUAUUGCUCUUUGGGGAAAUUGUUAGAGUAUAUAACAUAUCUUGGGGCCUCAACCAUCAGCUUAAGCUUUUGGUUGAGUUGGUUCCUUGACAGAAAUACAUGUAUGUUUUUUAACAAAUAAAUCAAUAGAAAUAUUAGGUUGUGUAUUUUCUUUCCAGCCAAAUAAACAUUAUGCCAAUUAUUUGGAAGCAUUUUUGUUGAUUCUUGGUUUAAUUAUCAAGCUUAUUAUUUUGGUUAAUUCUUUUCUUUUUCAUGACACACUAAAUUCAGUUUUAACAAAAGUCAAACAAACAAAUAUUAUUCAAAUUAUAAAUGAUGUGAUUGGGAGAAUCUGGGUGUCAGUUUGGGUCCGAGUUAAUUAUAUUGAAAUCUUCGGGUUAGAAUUUUGAAAAAAGACAUGGCAAAUGGUCAGCCCAAUUUUUGAUAACACUGUUAGAUUUUGAUUUUUAAGUUAACCUUCAAUCACAUUUUUAUUUAGUGGACGCCCAAAGUUGCGCUUGGGCCUUUUAAAUUUUGUCUCGUGUCACAUUUUUUGCAGAUGAAUAAGAAGAAGAAAGUAGAACAAAUGGACUUAAUUAGUAAUCUACCGGACCAUUUAAUCGUACGUAUAAUCUCUUUGCUUCCAACACAUGAAGCAGUUAGAACUUGCAUUUUGUCUAUGAGAUGGAAGUAUCUUUGGAAAGGCAUUGACAGCAUCAGUUUGAUGGGUUAUGAAUCUGACCCUGCUAAAUUUAGAUUUCUUGUGGAACACAUACUCAUUAACUGUAACACCACAAACUUACUCUCAUUUGUGCUCUUCUGUCCAUCAAGAAUAAGCUUAUCUCGUCUUAAUUCAUGGAUUCGCAAAGCGAUUGGAACCAAAAUCGAAAAACUUACACUCAGUGUAGACACACUUUUUCCUGGUUUACCUGCACUCUCUGUGCUACCACAAUGCGUCCUUGCUUCCAACACAUUAGUAUCUCUCAAGCUCGAUUCAUUUUUUGAUAUCAGCGUACCUGACUCAAUACUUUGUUUUCCUUAUCUCAAGUCACUUGAGCUCGAUCUUUUACUUCCUGAUCAAUGUAAUGUUAUGCAUCGGCUUCUGUCAUCUAGCCCUGUAUUAGAACAGCUGUUUGUGAAUGGCCAUCUCGAUUCUGCUGAUUCCACAAAUUUUGAUAUAUGUGUUCGUAGUCCACUAAAAUUGUCUCUUCAUUUGGAAUAUCAAGGCGAUGGUGAUGAUGAAGAUGAUACAAGUGAGUAUGUUAUUACGAUUGAUACACCUAGGCUCCGUUACUUAUCCAUCAUGGAUGACUCGUUGUCUCAAUACGUGGUGAAGAACUUAGUGCGUGUACAUAAGGCGGAAAUCAUGUAUCAAACUGUCUGUCUUGAAGCUUUAGAGCCUAAGCAUGUUAAUAGUCUCUUUGAACUUUUGAAGGGGGUUUCUGCUGCUGAGGUUCUUGCAUUACAUUCCUUCACUUCAGAUGACGCAAUGAAUAUCAGGGAUGAUGAUGACGAGCGUCCCCGAUUCCAAUGGAGUCCACCAGAAACUGUGCCUGUUUGUUUGUUGGAACACAUACAGUUGAUUGCAAUUAAAUGCUUUGUAGGACAAGAAGAUGAACUACAAGCUGUCGAGUAUUUACUAAAUAAUGGUCGAGUGUUGAACCGUAUGUUGAUUGGUUUCGAUCGUAAUCCAGUCAAUGAAGAUGUGGUGAAGAAGGUGUUGAUGUUUCAUAGAGCUUCGAAGCUCAGCCAAGUUGAAGUUUAUAAUCAUGUCAUUUGUAAGACAAAUCGCUAGAACAAUAACCUAAAUAAUAUUAUGGUAUAUGGAAUUUGAGACCAUUAUGUAUCCGUAAGACAUUGGAUGUUGUGGUGUGUGAUGUAGCCUGUUGCCUAGAGGUGAGAGAGCACGAGUCACUUAAUGGGAGAGUAAUGAAAUGGUUGUGGGGCCAAAGUUGUGCUUGAUAGAAUGGUGAACAGUUCAUCAAGUAGAUAAAUCAGGUGAAUUCUCAAAAUUCAAGAAAUUAAACAUCCUUGUGCUUAUACAAAAACUGCAUACU